UACUGAGGACCACCAGAGCUAGCUAGUGAGCUACACGGCUAGCGAACAUGUCAACACUUGUUUACAUAAACGCCUGCAUGUGUGUAGAUCACAUUUCACCAAUGAAUUAGUGUCUUUCGUCAACCACGUGAAAAUAGUACGUAGCUUGAUUGAAGUAUUUGACCAUUAAGCCCAUAAACAAGGGUUUUAAUAGGCUCGGUUAACAUUUUCUAGAUAGGAGCUGACUCUAGCAUCGACUGGAGAAAUCCAGUCAGCAGAGGAAGCCUGAGCUCUGGAUGUUUGAACUUCCCUCCUGGGGGGUGUCGCACGGAUUAAUCCAGCAUGUGACCAUGGGGCUGUGCAGCCGGGACUUCAACCCUCUCACAUGCUUCCCUCCUCAGACACAGCUAGCUGCUAGCUGCCUGUAGCUCACACUUAGGCUGGACUGGUUCUUCUCUCCAGAGACCUUUCUAUAGAGCCAGCACACUCUUAUGUCUGGAGUAAGUUUCUCAGUAGCAGGGAACCAUCGCUUUGAGCUGGCUCGACCCAUCACAAACACAGGGUGCUGAAGAUGGACGAGGCAUUUCUGAGAGUCAACAAUGAGCUGGGCACUGAGGUGGUGGUGUCCUGGGUGUCAGAGCGCUGCUACCAGUGUUUGUACCAGCAGCUGGGAGUUGUACCAGCAGCGCCCACUCCUGGACAGCCCAGUUCGGUUGACUUUGUUGUGAGCACACAGCAUGAAAUAACACUACAGCUCAACAGCACCCCUGUCAACCUGGAGCUGUGCACGGUUCCCUUCCACUUUGGGGAGCACGGGAACUACUCUCUGUGGGUGAAAAAUUUCACCGACUCCUCAGUGGUGAAUUGUUCUGUAGUGACUGACGCAGACCCCAUCAACAGCUACAUACCGAUAUUAGUGGCUUUUCUUAUCUUUGCUGGACUGAUCUUGAUGUCCUGCAUUGGUCGGAUAAUAUUGAGGCUUGACGUGGUGAGGAAUAUCCUCUUCCGAGUUACUGGCUCGUUGGAGACGGAGAGGCUCAUCAACUCUGAACUGGGCUCCCCUGGCAGAGCUGUGCCACCAGUUAGUGACACCAUCCUCCCUCCUCCACCCAACCCCAGCAAGAGGCUGCGAUCUCUGGACACAUUCAGAGGAAUUGCCUUAGUCAUUAUGGUGUUUGUGAACUAUGGAGGGGGGCGAUACUGGUUCUUCAGGCACCAAAGCUGGAAUGGUCUAACUGUUGCAGAUUUAGUCUUCCCUUGGUUUGUGUUUAUAAUGGGGACAUCCAUUGCACUGUCAACCAACUCCCUGCUGUGUGCAGGCUCAACACGCUGCUCACUGCUGAGGAAAACUGUGUGGAGGAGCCUGCAGCUCUUCAUCCUCGGUGUCGUCAUUAUCAACCCAAACUAUUGCCAGGGACCAUUAUCUUGGGACAACCUGCGAAUCCCAGGUGUGUUGCAGCGCCUGGCCUGGUCCUACCUGGUUGUAGCCUGCCUGGAUCUGCUGGUGGCAAAAGGUCACCUCGACAUCCUCACGACGAGUGCUUGGUGGUCCCCCUUCCGUGACAUCUUGCUGUACUGGCCUGCCUGGCUGUGUGUGAUCCUCUUAGAAAUCCUCUGGUUGUUCCUCACUUUCCAACUCCCGGUAGCAGAUUGUCCAGCAGGCUAUCUGGGCCCAGGUGGGAUUGGGGACAUGGGCCUUUACAUGAAUUGCACUGGUGGAGCGGCUGGUUUCAUAGACCGUUGGCUGCUGGGAGAGAACCACAUCUACCAGACUCCGUCGUCACGGGUGAUUUACGCAACUCGCAUGCCCUUUGAUCCAGAAGGUGUCCUUGGCAGCAUCAACUCUGUCCUCAUGGCUUUUCUUGGUUUACAGGCAGGAAAAAUUAUCUUACACUACAGAGAUCUCCACACAAGUAUAAUGUCAAGGUUUCUAUUAUGGGGUCUCUUUUUGGGAGCCAUAUCAGCAAUUCUGACCAAGUGUUCCACAGACCAGGGCUUCAUUCCUGUCAACAAGAACCUAUGGUCUCUGUCCUAUGUGACAACACUGGCCUGUUUUGCCUUUGUGCUGCUAGUGCUGCUCUACUUCAUAGUGGACGUGCAGAGGUGGUGGUCUGGAGCACCUUUCUACUACCCAGGUAUGAACUCCAUCCUGGUGUAUGUGGGCCAUGAAGUGUUGGAGGAGUACUUCCCCUUCCGCUGGCGUAUGGCAAACAGCCAAUCCCACGCUGAGCACCUCACCCAAAACCUCGUGGCUACUUCCUGUUGGGUGUUCAUCGCCUAUGUGCUGUACAGGAAGAGGAUUUUUUGGAAGAUUUAGAGGGAAUCCCUGAAUAAUGAUUCCUUCCAGUAGCAGAGGACAUUGAUGAAAUCAGAAUUGCUGGAGUCCUAAUCAGAACACUUUUGGAGCACAGAUAACCGGGGACUAAAGAUUUAUUUUGGCAAAACUAUGUUGUUUCUGUGUCCCUGAACAUGAAUGGGUUUCUUCUUUCAAACUGUUUAGACACUAUUUUUUACGACCAUUAAUGUUUAAAAGCUUUUUUUCCCCCCAAAGAUCUUCAGAUAUGAAGCGUCUCAUAUCCCCACUGACUCAGGAAGAACUUGUCCAAGAAUAGUUAGAGAAUUUGCAGACUCUCAUUGUUAAUCUACUUUUUUACUUUGUGUUAUUAAUUCAGGUUUCAUUCCUCACCCUGUGACACAGACUAUGUUUAACAAGCCACUUGUUAACUUCCCUUUCUUCUGCUGCCACCGUAAUUACAGCAUUUCUCUGAAA